CUGCCAUAUCUCUCAGACUUAGACAACCCAACCACACUCUUUCAGUUCUCCUUCUACUCGAGGGUUUGUUUGCUGCUCUUUGAAGGAAUUACAUAUUCAAAUCUGAGGGAGCGAGACAGAAAGAGGUCAUGGAGGUGCUGGUGCUGAUGGACUUCGAGGGCACCAUGGGAGACGAGCUCACAGUGAGGACGGGGGAUGUGGUCAAAAACGUCACCAAGGCCAGCGAGGAGGGAUGGCUGGAGGGGGAGCUGAGAGGAAAGAGAGGCAUCUUCCCUGCUAACUUUGCCAAGGAGGUGCCAGUUUAUUUGAUUGGUGACAGCAAGAGGGAACCACGGAGCGUUCGACAAAGUACAACGCCAACAAAGAAGAUGAAACAGACAAGGAAAUGCGAGGUAGCGUUUGCCUACAACCCCUUGAAUGAAGACGAGCUGCUGCUGGUUGUUGGGGAGACAAUAGAGAUGAUCAAGGAGAUUGAAGACGGAUGGUGGAUGGGGGUGAAAAAUGGCAGAGUGGGAGCAUUUCCUGCAAAUUUUGUCAAAGAAAUUUUUGUUUCUCCUAAAGACAAGCACAAUGAGGUCAAGGCAAGACCCAAGCUCACUGACGCCGUGUUCAACAAGGAGAUAUCUCAAAGGACAAGUGUGAGGAACAAAGCAAAAAACGUGGUGGAGUGUUGCCAAGCCAUGUUUGACUACAAGGCUAAGACGGAGGAUGAGUUGGAUAUGAAAAAAGGAGACGUUGUUGUGAUACUGAGAAAGGAAACAGAAGAUGAAGGCUGGUGGGAAGGAGAGCUAAACGGACGCUGUGGCUUCUUUCCUGAUAACUUUGUCAUGGUGAUACCACCAAUGGACCGUCUGAAAUCUGGGACCAUAAGCCAACCGCCUGCACGCAACAACAGCACUACACUCCCAGUGAAGACAGAGGCCUCAGCGAUGGAGAAAGUUGGUCCAGCAAAGACGAAAGAUGAUAAACCAGAGGUUAAAGACCUGAGAAGCAAUCCUCCAACCAAAGUCAAGCUACCAGCCAUCAUCAAGCCCAGCCCGCCUGCAGUCAAAGACAAACCCAACAAGGUUUUACCCAAGACCAAUGGUGAUUGGACUCCUGUUUCGCCAAAACAACCGGAAGAGAAGGAGACCGACCAAUUUGACGGCUUGGAUGUGCAGACUGAAAAGCUCUGCCAUCCGACAGCAAACAGAGCCAAACCCCCGCAGAGGAGACCCCCAUCAGGCCUGGUUAUAGCAGCAGAAGCUCAAGGGGCCAAUGACCAGACACAACCGGAAUUAUCCCCCAAAAAGUUUCAGACAGAGAAAUUACCUGCCUUGCAAAAGGGUGCAGAAAAUCUCCUGCCAACACCCACAAGGCCUGAUUAUCGACCCAAGACGCCACCUCCGGUUCGACCAGCACCACCAAGAGUCGUUGUGGAUGCCAAAGCUGUGACCCAUAAAGAAGAAGCUACAUUGGAAAGCCUGCAGGCUGAGAUCAAAGAGCUGAGGAUGGCUCUGGAGCUGCUGCAGACACGACACGACCGAGACAUGCAGGAAGUGAGAGAAGAACUGAGGGAGGAGAGAAACAAACGAGUGGCACUGCAGGAGGAAGUUCACAGUUUGAAGAAAUAAUCCCAACACAGACUGUGACUGAGCGGCCUGUCUGACACUGUGCCAUGUGGGUUUAUAUACUGCAGAUUUAAAAAGGAUGAACAUUUUCAUGGUAUGGGGAUGGAGAUGUCAAGCUAGCUCACCACUGCAGAAACAUGAGCAAGAGCUAAAUUACAAAGUGUAGUUGGACAAAGGAUCAAGCUAAGCCUGCAUUGGACUGGAGGAAUUUAAAAAUUGACAAGACUUUUGAAUGAUGUACUGUUAAAGAUUUUUUACAUAUUUGAAUGCUGGAAAUGAAAAAUUUUGGUUCUUAGUGGGCUACUCUUGGUUGCAAAAUUAAUGUUUUGCAUUGUUCUGUUUCAACUGUUACCUUUGUUAACCUUGGUUUCACUGUACUUUUAACAUGAACAGAUGCCUCGACAGAAUAUGUAAAAUAUGCAGCUGUACAUAGGAGGAAAUAUUGUGAUGUAUAAUUUUUUUUAAAUAUCAUUUUAAGUCA